CGUGACCCCCGGGGCGCGCGGAGUCCCCGGAGCCGGGCGGAGGAGCUGCUCGACGUCGCCGCGGCGGUGCGUGAGAAGAUUCUUCAAGCAAUCACAAUGUCGACCGACACAGAUGUAUCUCUCUCUUCAUACGAUGAAGGCCAGGGCUCUAAGCUUGUGCGGAAAGCUAAAGAAGCACCCUUUGUCCCUAUUGGAAUGGCAGGGUUUGCAGCCAUUGUGGCAUACGGCUUAUACAAGCUGAAGAGUAGAGGAAACACAAAAAUGUCCGUUCACCUCAUCCACAUGCGAGUAGCAGCCCAAGGCUUUGUCGUGGGAGCCAUGACCCUCGGUAUGGGCUAUUCCAUGUACAAGGAAUUCUGGGCGAAACCUAAACCUUAGAAGAAGAGAUGCUGUGUGUGUCCUGUUGUGAAAGAGCUUGCUUUAAUUAGACAUCUCAUAUUGAGGUUUCCUGUUGAUGAUAGAAAUAAAUGAUUUGAGUGUGUUCCAGAGAUAACACGGUAUUUUCAAUAAUGG